AAUAAAUCCUACAUUCCUUUUGGUUUAGUUAAAUUAUAAGUUUCAAUGUGAAACGACAUUACAUUUAUAUUGUUAAAAUGUUCAUUACCAGUAUAUAAUAUAACAAUUAACUACCAAAUAUUAAAAAGAAAUGUCUGCAGGGCACUCCAAAGUACAUAAAAGUAGCAUUCCUGUUUCUAAAAAAUCACAAAAGGACCCUAAAUUGCCUAAAUCUGCCAGUGUGAGUACUGGAGGAAGACCAGCUAGUAGUAGUAGUGGCACUAGUGCAACUAGUAGUGCUACUGGUAACGAUGUCGAGAAUGAUCCUAUUGCCAACAAUGAAAAUGUGAAUCUUAAUGCUCAGAAUUCAGACUCACUUGUAAGCUCGAUGAGAGGAACCAACGACGAAGCUCCACGAUCGACCACUGCUUUAUCUACAUCUUCGGACUCUUCCUCAUCAUCAUCAGUGACCACUAGUACUACUACAACUACAGCACGCAAUGACUCUAUCUCUGUGAAAUUAAAGUCUAAGAAUAAAAACCUACAAGCUACUAAAGUUAACAAACCAAGAAAACACAUAACUCAAAAUGCAUCUAGAACUACAGCUUCUAGGUAGGCUUUUACUAACUUUUAAUAAGACUCUAGGCCUAGGACUAUAGACUAUAGACUAUACAUAAUUUAUAAAAUUUUAUUUAGACCUAGAAUUAGAAACACGAAACCUGAUUAUUAUUAAUUUAUUAUGCCUAUAUAUAUUAUUUUAUAUUUAUAUAAUUAUUAGUAAUUUGGUAAUGUUGGCCUAGCCUACAAAUUAUGUACUACACAGUCACAAGGACAACACACUCAAAGUCAAGUAUUAAUCAUAAUUAAUGUUAUUAAAACAUACACUACACUACUAUGGGCUUGGCCUUGGCUAUUUCUUAAACUUUCUAGUUUAUGCCAGCGGUCGGCAAACUCAUUAGUCAAAAGAGCCAAAUAUCAGCAACGGGACGAUUAAAAAAUUUUUGAGACCCAAAUUUCUUUUUGAGAACCUGUCAACCAUAUUUUUCGGAGUCAAAACAGAUUAAUGGCUGAGCCAGAUUCAGGUCGCAAAUUUCUGACCACUGGUUUAUACUAUACUAUUUGAAAUACAUUAGGCAUUUGACUAUCUAUUAAAUAUAUAAAAGCCACCUAAGAGCUCACCGUAAUCCCAACCCCCCCGCCCGCCCCUAACCGGAUGAUUCAAUGGUCCUUGUCGACUUCGACGGACGAACAAAAACAACAAAUAUAUAAUAUAUGAUCAGAAGAUAAACAUUUGAAUUAGAAAAUCAUGAAAAAAGCUUGGCUAAAUAAUAAUAGUAGCAUUGUUCAUUGUUACAUUUAAAAAUCAUUAAAUUGAUCACAUAUCAAGCUCCCCAUUACAUUAAGAUUCAACAGUUGCUGAGGCAAAGAACCGCAAUCUUAAUUACAGCUUGAAAAUGUGUUGUAAAAUUUAUCAGCAGAAAAUUAAAUGACCAUAUUUAAUUUUAUAGCUAAGAAUAAAAGGGAGAAAGCCUACUAUAUAUUAUAUAGCCACCAUUAAUCAUACUGAUCAUGUCACCAGAUCAACAUAAUUAAUAAUUAUAAAAUACUGGUACAAACUUAAAAUUAUAUGGAUAUCUGUAUAGGAAUGAAAGGGUUACAUGAAAUCUUUAUUGAUUUGACUGUUAUCUUUGUUUCAUUUUAUUAUUUUACAUAUUCUGAAGUUAUAUAAAUUUAAAAUGUACCAUAUAUUUACUUUCUCCAUAUUCAUGAAAUAAUGAAUAAUAUCAAGCUUAUUAUUUAAUUCUUUCUAAAAAUGGAAUGUCAAGCAAAAUUUUAGAAUGCAAAGCUGCACACUUUUAUUUGAUUUAUCUUAAUAUCAUAUCAUUGUUUAAAUCUCUAUGAAUAAUUUAGUGCUGAAGUUUGGUUGGAUGAGAAGGGUGCAAGCCUAAGUCAGCGUAUGAAAAAUGAUUCCAUGGCUGACAGUGAGAGGCGUCAUGAUGAAAUGGAAAAACAGAUUAAAGAGUUGGAGGUAUUGAUGUUAUGAAUGAUUUUGUAAAAAAAAAUCUGUUAUUAAAAAUUCAAUGCAGACAUGUCAGACUGCAUUUUUAUACAGAACCUACGGAAUAAAAUAUAACUAAUUUUAUUAAGUAUUUGUUUCCCUGCUUUAAGACAGCAUCUACAGGACUUUUAUCGUACUAUAGCCAUAAUCUGACAGUGACAGGUUAAUUUGUUUUUUCUUAAACCUUUGAUCUUUGUAUUUAUCUACUUACAGGCCCAACUAAGUUUGAUGGGAGGACUCAUUGAAAAGAGAGAAAAGUUGAUGCAAGGUAUGUUCUUGUUAUUUCUUUAUCUGUCUUUUUAAUAAUAUGAAUGGUGGUGCUUUUCAGUCUUUUCGGUGGUUCACAUUUUAGUGGAAACGAGUGCUAAAUUUAUUUGUUAUUUUUUAAAUUCUUAAAUUUGUCACUAUUUGUGGACUGGUGCCAGUUUGCGGACCACCACUUUGAUUAGCACUUUUAAUUGUAUUAUGAAUUAUAAAUUUAUGUUGAAAAAAAUGAUGACAGCUAGAUUCUGAUGUGUGAAAUUAAGUGUGGUUUUUACUCAAAUAUUAAGAUCUCUGAUAUUUAUAACGCAUUUAAAAUUAAUCUUAUUAUGAUUGUGAUUGAAAUUGAAGUCAGACAGUUGAUAUUUAUUGUGGAAACCAUGCCUAAUAAACAUUCAUAUUAAUAACAUAAGCUGAAACUGACAACUACACAUUUGCUUUGUUACCGGUAACUUAGUCAGUUAAUAUACUUUGGCUUUAGAGUACUGUAUUUUGUAUAAUUUUACCAGUGUUAAGAUCGCUGUAAUUAUUAUGCCUUAAAAACCAUAAUGAUUUGAUGUUCAACAAAUGUGCAUUUAAUUUUUCAUACAGAUGCAAAUGAAGAAGCCAAGCAGAAACAGGAGUCUUUGCAAGGUUUACUGUAAGAAGCUUAUUUAUUUUUAAAAACUCAUUGGGAUAUUUGAGUGUUGCUGUAGAGUCAGAAAAUUUCUAUGUAUAGCUAACCCAUUGUUACAUAAAACAUAUACAUAGUUUUGACUGUCUCUUUUAUUUUUAUUGGAUUCACUGACUGCCAAGUCUGAUGACCAGAUGUUUUUUUGUGUGUUUCAUCUUCAUGAUACAGUGUUUGAAAUUUUAAAAAGCUCCUUCUACUUUUGAGAUGGCAUUUAGGAGUCGUUCCUUCGUUCAUCACAUUAUAAUAACAAGGCAUACUUUAGUCCUCUAGAGUUUACUUUCAUUUAAAGUUAAAGAAACUUUUAACUUGGUGUGAAUCUGAUUUAAAUAUAGUUAAUAUUUGAAAAUAUUGUCCAUCUUUAAAAUUUAAACGGAAAACUAAUAUAUAUCUGUUAUUACACUAAUAAGCCACACUGAAUAAGACCUUUUUUUUUUUUUUCAGAAACGAUCAAGAAAAUUUGCUGAUAAGUCACGGCAUUGAUCCCGGUAUGUUCUCUUUUGAUAAUUAAAAAGAAAUAUUAUUAAAAUUUUUCACAAAAUGAUGCAUUCCCAUUUUCCAGCUUGUUAAAUAAGGACUCAGUUUGGUUAUCAUUUUCUAUCACUCGGUCUAAAUCGGGAAUUAAAAGGAUUAUCAUUAAAUAUUAUGUAUCUGAUUUAAAUAUAGUUAAUAUUUGAAAAUAUUGUCCAUCUUUAAAAUUUAAACGGAAAACUAAUAUAUAUCUGUUAUUACACUAAUAAGCCACACUGAAUAAGACCUUUUUUUUUUUUUUUUCAGAAACGAUCAAGAAAAUUUGCUGAUAAGUCACGGCAUUGAUCCCGGUAUGUUCUCUUUUGAUAAUUAAAAAGAAAUAUUAUUAAAAUUGUUCACAAAAUGAUGCAUUCCCAUUUUCCAGCUUGUUAAAUAAGGACUCAGUUUGGUUAUCAUUUUCUAUCACUCGGUCUAAAGCGGGGAUUAAAAGGAUUAUCAUUAAAUAUUAUGUUUUAUCAUCAUGUCCCUUAGUCCUUGGACCAUUGGGGCGCCACAGGUGACAUGAAAAAUAUCCUUCUCCAUUCCUCUUAUUAUGUUUGCAUUUAAUCUUAAUACUAUGUUUACAUUAACAUAAAACCACUGAAAGACCAGAGGUGCUUGAAAUCUGGUUGUUGAUUUAUUAGAGCCAUUGGAAGAAGUUGAGUAAAAUUUACUUGAACUAUCACAUUCACAGAUCCAUGUAAAUAUUAACAUUUUGGCAAACUCUUUAAGUUAAUCAACUAUUUAUGAGGAACAGACUUGAAAAAAUAGUUGUAAACACUUGUUUUAAUGAAAGCCCUUCAUUGUUUUCAACUUGUUGAAGCUCCAAUCAUUAAAACUUUACAGAUGUAUUAUCUUUUACUAUUACUAUUGAGAUUUUUAAAAAAAUGUAUUAUCUCAGUUUUUCCCCAAAACGAGUACUUUGUCUCAUAUUUUAUUUAAACUUAAACAGGUGAAUGUUUUUUCUACUCUUAAGUCUCAGAAUUUUGAAUAACUUUUCCUUGCCUUUGUUGAAUGGAUAUAGUUCCAAAUUCAUUCUGAACUCAUUUUGACACAUUUUACAAGUAUAGGAUAUAUGCCUUUGCUUGUGUUUGGCUCUAUGCAAUAUUGAGUUGUGCUUGGGUCUAUGCAAUAUUGAGUUGUGCUUGGCUCUAUGCAAUAUUGAGUUGUGUUUGGCUCUAUGCAAUAUUGAGUUGUGCUUGGCUCUAUGCAAUAUUGAGUUGUGCUUGGUUCUAUACAAUAUUGAGUUGUGUUUGGCUCUAUGCAAUAUUGAGUUGUGCUUGGCUCUAUGCAAUAUUGAGUUGUGCUUGGCUCUAUGCAAUAUUGAGUUGUGUUUGGGUCUAUGCAAUAUUGAGUUGUGCUUGGCUCUAUGCAAUAUUGAGUUGUGCUUGGCUCUAUGCAAUAUUGAGUUGUGUUUGGCUCUAUGCAAUAUUGAUUUGUGCUUGGCUCUAUGCAAUAUUGAGUUGUGCUUGGCUCUAUGCAAUAUUGAGUUAUGUUUGGCUCUAUGCAAUAUUGAGUUGUGUUUGGCUCUAUGCAAUAUUGAGUUGUGCUUGGCUCUAUGCAAUGUUGAGUUGUGCUUGGCUCUAUGCAAUAUUGAGUUGUGUUUGGCUCUAUGAAAUAUUGAGUUGUGUUUGGCUGUAUGCAAUAUUGAGUUGUGUUUGGCUGUAUGCAAUAUUGAGUUGUUUGGCUCUAUGCAAUAAUGAGUUGUAUUUGGCUCUAUGCAAUAUUGAGUUGUAUUUGGCUCUAUGCAAUAUUGAGUUGUGCUUGGCUCUAUGCAAUAUUGAGUUGUGCUUGGCUCUAUGCAAUAUUGAGUUGUGCUUGGCUCUAUGCAAUAUUGAGUUGUGUUUGGCUGUAUGCAAUAUUGAGUUGUUUGGCUCUAUGCAAUAAUGAGUUGUAUUUGGCUCUAUGCAAUAUUGAGUUGUUUUUGGCUCUAUGCAAUAUUGAGUUGUGCUUGGCUCUAUGCAAUAUUGAGUUGUGUUUGGUUCUAAGCAAUAUUGAGCUGUGUUUGGCUCUAUGCAAUAUUGAGUUGUUUGACUCUAUGCAAUAUUGAGUUGUGCUUGGCUCUAUGCAAUAUUGAGUUGUGUUUGGCUCUAUGCAAUAUUGAGUUGUAUUUGGCUCUAUGCAAUAUUGAGUUGUGUUUGGCUCUAUGCAAUAAUGAGCUGUGUUUGGCUCUAUGCAAUAUUGAGCUGUGUUUGGCUCUAUGCAAUAUUGAGCUGUGUUUGGCUCUAUGCAAUAUUGAGUUGUUAUCUUUUGCUUUUUGCAAUAUUGAGUUGUUAUGUUUUGCUUUUUGCAAUAUUGAGUUGGGUUUAACCUAAAGCAACAUUGAGAUAUUGUGUAUGCUCUAUGCAAUAUUGAGUUGUUUUAUUGCUUUUCCUUUGAUGAAGGAAAACUAAUUUUAAAAAAAUAUAUAUAUGAUGAGAUAAUUGAUCAAAAGUUUAAAGAGAAAUAUAAUUUGCGAAAAUUGCCACGAGAAGCACAAAAUGUUGUAUUGAAAUUAGUUUGGGUGCACAAUAUAGAUAUUUUACUUGAUACAUUAUAAGAGAUUUAUUACUUGGAUAAUUAUAGGAGAUAAGAUAGAUGACCAAACCCACCCCACACUUCUCUCUAUCCCCAUCCCCCCCCCCCUCUCUCUUUUUCCUCAGUAUUAGAUGCAUUUUAUCUCCCUUCUCAUAAGUUACCUUGUAUAUUGAUGUAUGGGAUUACCCUUUUUAAAUUUUUCCUUACAUCGUGUUAAAUAUUAUGUGCGGUGACAAUGGAUAUAUGUGCCUUCCCCUUUCUUUCAAAAAUUAUUAUUGAGCUAAGAUUUAAAAUCUACGACCUAUGAAUUUUUAUUGAACUUUCAUGUCCUAAUUUAUUUCAGCCACCGGUGAAAGAGUCUGUUUGGAUGAAGGGAAAAUUGAAACAACCAAGAAAUUCACUAAGGUAUUUAGGUGUUAAACUUUAUAGCUACUGACUAGAUCACAUUGCUGAAAACUGAACAAUUUUUGGGGAUCCAUAUCCAUAAAGACAAUUUCAACACAGGAGAAUGCUUGUCUAAUUUUUUUCUAAAAUGGGGAGAGUGCAAAUAUUCUGGUGGAACUGAAAAAAGCUUUUUUUAAUGUUUUUUUUAGACAUGUGUAUCUUGAUGGGAAAAAAAAAAUGAACUUAAAAAGUGUUUUGAAUUUAACUUUUGAAAGAAAUAUUUGUGUUCAGGCAAACAAUAUAGUUUAUAUUCUUUUCCCUUAUUUUGGUUCUUUCCUUGAAAAAUGUUAUUUUUGACAUACAAAUAAGAUUUUCCUAUAUAAAAUUUUUACCUGGUUUCCUUUGGUUUUCUUGUUGAUAUUAUUUUGCAUAUGUUCAAAGGUGGCUUUUUUGGCUUAGAACAUUUGCUGAACUUUUGUGUACAGUGCAUCUGACGAGCAGUUCAAUAUUAGUCAAAAUGUACAGAAUUAAAAUGUUUGUUUUUAGGUUUUUCUGGAGGUUGUCAUUUUUUAUAGUUUUUUUAAUGAAUUUACACUUUAAUUAAAAGUAAAAUUAUUUUUUUUGCAGAAAAAAGUUCAGGAAAUGCGUGAAAAGCUGAAACAAAUGAGUGAAAAAACACAAUCAUGUCUCUCUGAUGUUGAGGUGGGUGCAUAGUCAUUUGCAUAUAUAGCAGUGCAUAUUCAGUGAAUGAAAUAUUUUCAUUGGUAGAGGCACAAGUAGUUGUAAGAUUGGGAGAAGUUGAAGACCAAAUGAUGUCACUUUUAUAAUUGUAUAAUUAGUACUAGAUUUCAUUAGUUCUAGAUAUAAUUAGUGCACGAUUCAAUAAGCACUAGAUAUAAAUUCAAGCAGUACCAUUUGCAUUUUGAAAUUUCCAGUGAGGUAAAAGACAUCAGGGAAACAGAUCUGCUGCAAAGGAAAUAACAUAAAGCUAAUUGUUGAUAAUAUUUUCAAAUGAAAUCUAAAUAAUAUAUGAAGCUUCUUACUGGAACAAAUUGAAAUCAUUUUUGAAUUGAAUAAGCUGUUAGCAAUAUCUUAAAAGUACUGUACUUUAUUGAUCCUUGUGCUUAAGGACUUUGAGAGAUUACAUUUAAUUUAAUAAAAACAACCCCUAAAAUCAAUGUUUGUUGUAUAAAUCCUUCAUAUGCAGUUUUGUUUACAUUGAUGUAAUUGUAAGUGAUUUAUGAUUUAUUAAGGAGCGUUUAUUUAAAUGGGUAAAAUUAACACGUUUCUUAUUUCCUUCAUUUUCCCCUGCAAAAAUACAUUACAUUUUUUACUGCAUGCCUAAAUAUGUCACAAAUACAAAGCACACAGCAACAGCUACACAAUCUCCACACCAAAACAAGCACCCAUUGAAAAAAGCAUUAACAUUUCUGCCCUCUUGAAAAAUAGGAAAAACUUAUUUUUGGGGAUGGGGCUGAUAAUUUGAUAGCAUGUGUUGUCAUUGGCAGCAAGUGUAUGUGCCAAGUUUCAGCUUGAUAGGAUGACCGGAAGUGGGUCAAUUAGCUUCCCCUUGAAAAACUGGAAUUUUUGGGGUUGGGGCUGAAAAUUUGAUAGAAUGUGUUGUCAUUGGCAACAAGUCUAUGUGCCAAGUUUCAGCUUGAUAAGAUGACGGGAAGUGAUUCAUUUAGCCCAGGCCUGCACAACAUAUGGCCCGUGGCCGCAGCAUCCACUUUGCGGCACGAGAAGUAACGAAAUAUUCUUUAUUCUUAUUAUUUUAUUAAUAGCUUUCCUCCUGUCCUAUUUUCUUUUGGCCAGCACAAGUUUUUCAUAAAGUAUUACAGCCCGCCUUACAUUUUGAGUUGUGCAGGCCUGAUUAAGCCCUUUGAAGAAUUUGUCACAAACACGUGAACAAAUGCAAAGUUAAUAUAAAGGAUUUAAAAAUAAAGUACUUUUGAUUUGAAUUUUUUUAUAUGGUCUCUUGUUUGUAUUUAAUUUUAAAAAUAGAACACCCUGUCAGACAUAACAGAGCUGGAACAGGCAAGUGAAAGGGCAAGACCAUCAUCCCCCGAAACUUGUGACAUGCUUAAGGAGUUGGGAAAAAACAAUGAGAUAUUCAAGAUGGAUCUCGAGAUACCGCAGCAGCCACUGCAAACAAGGAAUUUCAACAAUGAUAUAGAUGAAUAUACCCAGGAGAAAUUUGGAUCCCAGUUUUUUUUAACAGAUGGGGAUAGCGAUAUGGCUUAAAAUCUGUUUUUUUUUCAAAAACACUUUUAAAAUCAAAUAAGCUUGCUGUACAAAAUUUCUAUUUGAUGUCAUGCUAUUUUAUAUUGUUCAUCUCAAAUUUAGUUAAGAAAACGGAAAAUUAUAGGGCUGAAAUAAACUAUUUGAAAUGGUUGUGUGUGAGUAUAUAUUAAUAUAUACUGUAUAGAAAGUUUGAUGUUACUUCCUUGAUUUACCCACACACUAACCGAUUCAAGAAGGGGAGUGCCCAAUGGGAUAUGUGUUAAAGACCAACUGAAAGUGAUUUUCUGAAUUCUGGCAAAGCCAGACCGAAAAUUUAAAAUAACUUUUGGCCAAAACCAAAGAUUUACAAGACUUUUGGCAUAACAGAAAGCUUAAAGAGACUUUCAUCCGAAACUGAAAGAUUUAGAUAUAUUUCAAAAUUCAUCUCUUCGCCCAUACGUUUUAUGGAAAAUGAGAUUAUCUUGAAUUUUAAUAGAUAAAAAAAUAAUCAAUACUUAGGCUUUUACCAUUUGAAUUUAAAAGUAAUUUAAAGUUGUGAAAUAUGUAUUUAAAAGUAGCAUGGUAAGUGACUGGGGAGGGGGGUGGGGGCAAAAUUCAUGCAAAAUAGACCCUUUGCUUUUAUAAUAUAAUUACACUUCCUAGACAUUUUUGGUAUUGAUCGAAAGAUUAGCCUAUGCAUUUUUUAUUGACAUGGCCCACUAAAAUGUCCAGACAUUAGCCUUGAAGGAACUCUUUGUUCUGCUAAACCAUAGAUUUUCAUUGAAAUGCGCUUUCUUAUCAGCUAAUUUUAUAUUUCAACCAGAUUAAACAAAAGUCGAAGAAUUUUGAGCUACAGUAGCAGACCUGGUUACACUGGGACUCUCAAAAUAGAACAAUAUGGUCAUAGUCUUAGAAAGUACUUUACCAUCUCAAAAUUGUACAAUACCAUAUUGUAAUAGUAAAUAAAUAAACAUACAGUAUUAAUAUUAUGAAGUGGCUAUUCGUACCCGGGUGCCAGAAGUAAGAGGUUGGGAUUAAAAAACUAUUUAAAAUUUUAUUUUUGGGUUUGUAACUCAAAAUGAGGUAUCAAAUGAAAGAUAAUUGAAUGGACUUAUACGUUUGUAAAUUAAUUCUUCAGUUUAACUAAAAUAAACUACCACAAUGACAUCUGAAUAGCACUGAGUCAAAAUGGACCCAGACACGCAGCGCCUCCAUUCAGACCCGGGUACCAUUAGACUACAUAAUAUGUAUACAAUAACUAUUUGUAUCCAUUUCUGAAAAAGGUCACUCAUCAAAUUAGAUGAAUAAUGUUUAUAUAAUUAUAUACAAUCCAUUAUUGCAAAUAAAAAUUUGCCCGUCAUUUGUCACUUUAAUUGACGAUAAUGUGGGGAAGCGGAUUUUGAGAACACUCGCCAAGGUCACCCCUAACAAAAGUGGGGUUUAGGGUGAGGUCCCUGCCCAGAAAUAUUUUCAUAACUUAAAAACACAGGGAUGUGCUUUUGCAUAUACCUAAAUAUAUAGUUUUGCAUCAUUUUAGACUUAGUCGUAUUGCUUGUGAAAAAUUAGAUUCCCCUUACCCAGCUUUGUUUACAUAAAUCCUUUUUAUUUAAGUAUUAAAUAAAUGGUUAAAUUGUUUUUAAAUUUAUUACUUUUUUCAAUCUAUUAUCAAUCAGUCUCAAAUGAGGGCAGGUACAAUGAAAUGCCACGUACCGUCCUCAAAAAAAUGAUUUGUGGAUAUAUUUAUAAAAUGUGCGUUUAUGCCACAAAUAAAAAUAAUCGCUAUUUGAAUAAAAAGGGAGGGCCAGCCCUCCCUCCACUUUUGUUUCUGGGUUUGCCACUGUACACAAAGAUGUGCGGAUAUACUAUAUAUUAACCUUUUAACCCUAUCUGCUCCAAAUGGCUACUUUUCUAAUUUAUAGUUUAUAUUUCCAUUUUUGGGGAAUUUGCACAUAAAUAAUAUUUUAAAUUGGCACAGCAUUAAUAUUAAUUUAGCAUAUUUUAACCAUUAAACAAGUACUUUUAGAUUUAUAUUGAAUGUUAAGCUGCCUUGGUGUGUUAUCUUUUUAUUCCACAAAGGUC